GCCCUCGUUAUAUAUAAGUGUACGAACGAUGUGAGCACUAUCCGAUGUCGUUUUAAACACACGCAGGGCGCCGGGAGCGAGAAAGGAGCUGCUGGGGGUGGUGAAAAGAAAAAGGGGGUCGGUUGGUCUCUUUCUCUCGGAGACUGUACGGACGCCGGUGGCGGUGAGUACCAAUAAGUAGCAACCGAUUGAUUGAUUUCGAGCCCUGCAAAUCUAUCUAAUCGUAGCUUGGAUAGAUUUAUGGGAGAGAUCGUAGAGGAGGAGGGGCCCGAUGUGGGCGACGCUGAUCGCAAUGGAGAAGUAGAUAACAAUAAUACAGUGGAAGUCAUUCUCCGAACCGUCGGCCCCGCUCGCCCCUCUCGCUUCCGCGUUCCCUCUACCAUCAAAGUGUGUGAUUUGAGAAGAUUGAUUUCGGGAAACGAUCGUCUACCCAUUGAUCAUUUAAGGCUUAUUUUGCGAGGGAAUGUAUUGCAUGACAACGACGAAAAUGGGAACCAUGUCUACCUACGACUUAAUGAUGGCGAUUCCCUAAUUGUUGCCGUCAAACCGAAGCCACCAAUUAAACAUCUUCGUGAGGGAUUUGAUGAUGAAGACGACGAUGAAGAUCUGAAGUUUCAGCUCCCACAUUCAUCAAGCAGGUGGAAAAGGAGGCUUUACUCUUUUCUACAUGAUAAGUUGAAGCUUCCAGAUAUCCUUUUGAUGGCGAUUCUUUCUCUCAGUCUAAAGGCAUGGGCCCUUAUUGUCUUGUGGUUUAUCUUGGCACCUGUUGCCCAUAGAUGGGAUCUUGGACCUCUAUAUGUAAGUUCACUUCUUUAAGUUUGUCCUUUUUGU